AUGAAGGGAUCGCGCCGUGGGGCCGGAGGCCCACCGCGCCUCGAGCAGGACGAGGGCGCGGGCGGCGAUGCUGAUGCUCAUGGAUCGUUCCCACCCAUCAUCCCGCACGCCUCCACACUGCAGGAGGCGCUUCGUUUUUUUUCUUUUGUUUUUUUGUCGAACCCCUCUCCGUCCACCGGGCCAGGGCGGAGGCGCCGUGGGGCCGGAGGCCCACCGCGCCUCGAGCAUGACGAGGGCGCGGGCGGCGAUGCUGAUGCUCAUGUUGGCGUCGACGCGGGCGCAUUCUUAUCAUUCUUCCGAAUUUGA